AUGUCGCGCCUGAGUUUUAACACAAUUGCCUAUGAUAAAAGUCCUUGUCAAUCUGUAAGUCGGGUAGAUUCUGACGGUUUAUUAGAUUUAUCUCAUUUGAAUUGCACGACUAAAGUGCAAGUUACAAAAGAGGAAUUCGAAAAGCUUGAAAAUUCUCAGAAAUGCCAAGGGAACACGCAUGAGCACACAGCUGACGAUCAAAAUGUCUGGAUUUGCGCAGAUUUGUUGAGAGAUAAGAAAGAGGAGAGCAGUGACUGCGUUGCAGCACGUGAGAACGAAAAGAGAGUAGACUGGGGAGAGACGUUUGCUACUGUUGUGUGUACGUCAAUCUCCCUGGCCGCACUAGCAAUGACACUUAUAUUCAAACUUGCCUCUCACAACAUUUACUCCUUGCCCGUUAAGCUGAUGAUGAAUUUAAUGGCAUCAUUGUUUAUCUCUCAGGCGCUGCUGCUCCUCAUGGCCAUCGACAACCAGGCCUGGUGUACCUCCGUGGCCAUUAUGUCUCACUACUUUUGGUUGUCAACUUUCUGCUGGAUGUUCAUAAGCGCCAUUCACAUGUACAAAACAUUCUCCUGUUCAGCCUUUGCCGCACGAGGAAGUUUAGAUUCUAAACACUGCCUGAUGGUAUAUAGUAUUGCUGGAUAUGGCUCACCAUUGUUAAUUGUAAUCCCAAGCGUUGUCGUCGAUUUCUGCGCAUGCCUAGGAGGAGACAUUUCCAUUGGCUACGGUCGCGAAGUGUGCUUUAUCAGUGAGCCAAUCGCCAACAUCGCGACAUUCGCGGCACCCACAGCGUUGAUCAUUUUCAUGAAUCUCAUCUUGUUCACACGUACUUUCUACCAGAUAAAGAAAACGUCAAACGCGGUGGAGUCCGUGCAGGCUGUCCACAUUAACAGCUACAAAAUAUUCCUCAAAAUCUCCAGUCUUUUCGGUUUCACUUGGAUAUUUGGCUACAUAGCCAUGCUCACUAGUAAUAAAGUCAUCUGGUAUAUUUUCACCAUCGUGAACAGCCUUCAGGGAUUGCAUAUUUUCAUAGCUUUCGGCAUCAGAGACGGAAAAGAUGUGCUCAGGAGGAUGGUUUCGAUAAUUCCUUUCGUGCGGAGGGAAUCGACUAGAAAUACAAUGUCUGACUCUUGCCCAGCACAUAUACCACAAGGCUGUAGCGUUCAGACACUCUCUGCGUCCAUCGAUGACAUUAGCACUAAGCUAUAA